AGGAUCAGACGCUGUGAGCUCAGCUCGUGUCUGCAGGGUGGAGCUGCUGUCUGACUCCGAGCUGCUCGAGGAUGAACGGAGGCCGCGCGCGCUGACGGGUCAGUAGCCCAAGUUCUGGAUCUGAAUGGUGUUGUGAGGGUUCUGCUCGGUUCUGUGUGCUCAGUAUGGUUCUGGUUCAUGUUCAGAGGAUGCAAAAGGGUUUGUGAGGAGAGUAAAGAUGAGCGUGACAUCGUGGUUCCUGGUGAGCAGCUCGGGUACUCGGCACCGUCUGCCGCGAGAGAUGAUCUUCGUGGGCAGAGAGGACUGUGAGCUGAUGCUGCAGUCCCGCAGUGUGGAUAAACAGCAUGCGGUCAUUAACUAUAAUCUUGCUACAGACGAGCACCUGGUUAAAGAUCUGGGCAGUUUAAAUGGGACGUUUGUGAAUGACCUGAGAAUUCCUGACCAGACCUACAUCACCCUCAAACUGUCUGACAUUGUUCGUUUUGGAUAUGAUUCUCACGUGUAUGUUCUGGAGAGGAGUGAACACAAAGUUCCUGAGGAGGCUCUAAAGCACGAGAAGUACACCAGUCAGCUGCAGAUGGGUUUAAAAAGUUCUGAGGGGAAGAGACAGGAGCUGCAGGAAGAAAGAUCUAAACUGGAGAAAUCUGAACGGAAGAGCCUCACAGAGGUCCCGGCGCCUCGUCCCACUCCACUGUAUGGUCAGCCAUCAUGGUGGGGAGAGGAGGACUCGGGAAAAGAUCCACAGACCGAAGGACGCAAGACAGACGACAGCCGCUCUGAGGUCCACAAAGAGGAUCCUGCCACUGAAGCUGAGGUGAAUGGCGCCCUUCAGGACUUUCGUGACAGCCAGGGCAAGUCAGUUUUUCUGUACCAUCGAGAGCCCAGCUACUUCGAGAUUCCCACCAAGGAGUUCCAGACGCACCCCAAGUCUCCAGCAGUGGAGCUGAAUGAUAUACCAACCAAAGACACUGAUGGGCCCCCAGCGUCAACGCCGCCAGCGGUUCAGAGCCAUGCCUCGUUCACUAUAGAGUUUGAUGAAUGCACACCAGGAAAGAUCACCAUAAAAGAUCACGUGACCAAGUUCUCGUCUCGUCAGCGCAGCAAACAGCAGCAGAGCAGUAAGCCGCUGGCUGCAGCACCUAUGGAGGUUCUGUCGGCUGAGAGCAAAGUGGCUGACUGGCUGGUUCAGAGUGACGUCAGUAUGAUGCGCAGGCGGCCGCCGUGUGACGAUGUCUACAGUACCAAGAGUGACCUUGCCAUGCACAUUAGAACACUGAAAGGCCACCAUCACGAAGAUGGUACUCAGAGUGAUUCAGAAGAUCCUGUAAUGAAAGGAAAGCGGAGCAAAUCACAGCACUCGGUCCAGUCCCAGCAGUCAGUACAGUCUCACCCAUCAACCAUGUCAAAAAUGUCUGGGCCGUCCAGUUCAGUGCCGUCCCAACAGUUGGCCCACUCCCAGGGGCCUUACCAGCCUCAGCCACCAUCACCUCCUCAACACCCUCAGGACUUAUCUCUGGGUCCUGAGGGAACUGAUGUUAGGCCUGUACAGGAGAUGCCUCCUCCUGCUCAAAGCCAGGUGAAGUCUGGACACCAGGAGAUCCUCAGCCAGCAAGCCUUUAUCAUUGAGUUCUUCGACGACAAUCCCCGAAAGAAGCGUUCACAGUCUUUCACCCACAAUCCAGCACAUGCCGACACUUAUUCUGCCCUCAAAGCCAAGCUGGAGCGCCGUAAAGGCGGGGCUCACGGUGAAAGGCCUGCCUCUGUGCACGGACAUAUUCCUCCCACACAGCAAAUUACGGUUCCUCUCAAAGGCGCCGGUCACAGCGGUCCCCAAAGGUCUAGCUCACUGAAGAGGGAGAAGACGGAGGAAGUAAUGAGCAGAAGCAGCACCUCCCCUUCCUCUUCUGGCCCUUCCUCUCGCUCUUCUCCAGCUAUCACCAUCAAGCCUUUUGGCAGCAUCGGCAAGAAAUCCAAACUCGCUCAAGAAUUUGCUGCUGAGUUCCUUAAGGAUUCAGAACAGGUGUCUUCACCUCCCAUGUCAGCUCCACCAGUGAUGAUGUCUCCGUCUCACACUCACCUGCCAUCUCCAGCAGAACCCCACGGGCCCUCCUCUGUGUCCUACCCAUCCUCUCCGUCCCAGCUACCUGCACUGGCCCAGCCACUUCUUCCACACACCACCUCUGUCCCGGUACCUGUUCCUGUUUCUGUCCCUUCUCCUGUCCCUUCUCCUGUCCCUUCUCACUCACCAGCUUUGGGUCCAGUCUCCAGUGCUACCCCUGUGCGCUCGUCCUUACCUCAGUUUUCUCCACUGGCGGUCACUGGGGUGGAUCCCAAGGCCUCCAGGGCAGUGCGCACAGAAGAGGAGGAUAGUUUAAGUGAUGCUGGUACCUACACUAUUGAGACAGAGUCUCAAGAUAAAGAAGUGGAGGAGGCUCGGAGUAUGAUCGAUCAGGUUUUCGGGGUGCUGGAUGCCCCAGAAUACAGUGGUCAAACCCUUGGGGUUUAUAGGCCUGUGAUCAAUGAGCAAGGGAUCUUCAGUCAUGCCCAGAGUGGGCCUCUUGACAUCCUGCCAACAUCAGCACAAGAUCUCGGCCCCACCCUCAGUGGUGAUCCAUCUGACUUCAUGCAGGAACACGCUGAUCAAGGAGGACCUAAAUGGGUGUCUCGGUGGGCGAGCCUAGCUGACACGUACACUGAUUCUGGUUCUGCACAGGCACCUUCAGGCACUCCACCCCAAGGUGGACUUCUAAACAGAGAUGGAAGAGUGGUAAUGAUGAGCCAAAGUUUAGAUCAUUCAGAAUCAGAGUACAGUCAGAGCUCCAGGACCAGACGGCUCCUUCCCCAGGUCCCUCCUGGUGGAGACAAGCAGGAUGCCUCCACUCCAAGCAUCCUAAUCCGACACGAGCCAAACCUGGAUCAUGAACCACCAGAAAGAGGCUCCAGAGCACCGCAGCAGCAGGAUUCCACCCAGAGGUUGCGGGUCCAGGAGGAUGUAGAUCACGAUAGCUUAAGUGACACGAGUCGCUCAGAUGACAGCUCCAUCCUUGAUAGGAGUGCAAGGAGUCAAGGUCGACGUGGAACUGCUGCAACCUCACCUCUUGAAAAUAUACCCCAUUCUAGGGUUCUCGAGACGCCAGCAGCCACACCUAAAUCCACUUCCUUCUACAUUGGUUCUGAGGAUGGUUCUUGCAAAUCAGAUACAUCCCGGAGUCCUGUUCUUUCCCAAACUGAGAGAGAUCCUUCUCCAAAGAUGCCUCCAACCACUGUCUUGAUACGACACCUAAGUAGCCAGGAGCCCAGGCGGCCAGUGAAACCCAACUCCUCAGCACCCAACCUCCAGACCCAAGACAGGGACUCAGUCCCCACCAAAGAGUCUCAUUCAUCCUCAUUUGUCCGUCAGGAGAGCUUCACCAAAGAUCGGCCCAGCGACAACAUCCAGGUCAAGAGGCUGCCACACAUCUCUAGUCACCCUGCCUUAAGGGACUUGGGCACAGAGGGAAGUGACCUAGAUGCCUCUGCUUUACCCAAGGAGAAGAGAUCCUUGGUUUCUCCAGAGGGAAAGCAAUCAACAUCCACCCAGCGGUCUAAAAAGGGAAGUCCCCCUGGACGAGCAGAUGAGUCUCUCUCUGGAGAAUCAGAUGUGGACACUGCCAGUACUGUGAGCCUGGUCAGCAGCAAAAACGCCCCAGUCAGCGCACCCAAGAAACGAACAGCUGCAAGCGGACUCCGUAAAGAGAAAUCCUCCUCCAGUCUGUCUGCUCAGGAGAAAAGUCGACAGCCAACAGCACGUGAACGACUUUCUGAAAAACGUCGCAACCAUGCCACUGCAGAUGGCACCGGAAAAGCUGAGGCAGCCCGCCGUCUCCAGUUACGCCGCAGUGCCGGAAACCGUGGUUCAUUAGAUCUUUCUGAGAACCAGCAGAGCCAUGGCCAGCAGCUGUGGCCUGACACUGCAGCGUCGGACCAUGAGUCAGCUUCACGGCCUGCCAGCCGCAAGAAACUCACAGCGCCUCUACAAAAGGAAGAUUCCAGCAAGUCAAAUAAGGCAAGUCAACAGGUGCUGACUCGAUCCAACAGUCUUUCAGCCCCCAGACCCACCCGAGCAUCCAUGCUGCGCCGCGCCCGUCUUGGUGAAGCUUCUGACAACGAGGGAGCAGAAACAGACCGUGGCUCUCAGAGUUCUGAGCACACAAAGACCCCUGGUGAUGCGAAGAAGCUCUCUAGGUUGGACAUUUUGGCCAUGCCCCGCAAACGGACAGGCUCCUUCACUGCUCCCAGUGAUACUGAAUCAACUAGUGGCAAACCUGGAGCACCCAGCCGUCCUGCUGAGAGCAGCAGUAGUGGGCGGAAAUUAUCAACAGGAGAACCGAAACAGUCCACUGCGAAAGGAACACAUUCCUCCACGCGCACGCGCACUACCCAGCCUAAACACAGUAGCACAACCAGUUCUCGACGGAGACAGAAAGGUUCAGACUAUUCUACCUCAGAGGAGGAGUUUGAAACCAGUUCUAGUUCUAAACACAAACGCUCUCAUGCGUCGGCCUCCACACAGACGCAAACACCACAGAAGACUGUCCAGUCUCGGCUGAAGCCCAGCUCUCUGGAGACGGAGGAGGAUGAGGCUCAGAAUGAGCACUAUCAGAACUGGUCCACUCACAGUGCAGAGAUAGCCAGGUUGAGUCAGGAUCUAGCCAAAGAUCUUGCCAUACUUGCGCGUGAAAUCCAUGAUGUAGCUGGAGACGGUGAUUCCCAAACAUCUUCAGGCAUGGGGACCACCACCUCUCCGGGCUCCAUGCCCAACACUCCGGCCUCCACCAUCUCAGCCAGAGAGGAGAGUUCAUAUUCAUCAUUACACGGGUUCCUCACAUCGCAGUUGGUGCAUCACAUACCUGAAGCCAGCCUGAACUACCAAAAGGUUCCUCUAGGAUCAUCCAGUCCAGUGGACCAGGACUCAAACAUGAAUGAACAAGAGGGCUUCAAACGGCGUCCGUGGAACCGUGAAGAGGUCAUUUUGGAUAAUUUAAUGCUGAAUCCCGUAUCGCAGCUCUCACAGGCCAUCAGAGAGAACACAGAGCAGCUGGCCGAGAAAAUGAAAGCUUUGUUUCAUAGUAAGACGGAAGUGUGGGAGGAGAUUGAAGCGAAGAUCAACGCUGAGAAUGAAGUUCCCAUCCUUAAGACCUCCAACAAAGAAAUCUCCUCAAUCCUGCAGGAGCUUCGGAGAGUCCAGAGGCAGCUGGAGGUGAUCAACACGAUUGUAGAACCUGGAGGAACCCUAAAGCUGCCCUCUGUGGUCACGUCUCCAGUGGGAAAGAGCAGAUCCACCUCCAAGGAGUUCUCCAGCUCCGCAGCUGCUAACGCUAACACUGGCACUAGUGCUAGUGCUAGUGCUAAAAGAGGCGCCCGCGGGGCCGAGAGGGAGAGAUACGCAGUGUGAGUGGUCUGCAUCCACGAUCCCCCCCGGAGACCACUGUCCACCGUGUUCAUGUAAAACCAUCAUUUUUCUGUUCAUACUGUAGUUAUUAAUGGUAGAAAUACCUUUAUGCUUUAUAGAAUCUGCUGCUAUGCUGCACAAGCUAAUGUAAAAUUAGGCAAAAAACAGUGCUGUAUUAAACUGAAGACAUGUUGCUCGCUUCAAAGAGUGGAUGAAAGUCCAUGUGGCUCAUUUCCUGACUGAGAAACGGCUCCAGCCAUAAUGUGCUGUGUGAUUUAGGUUGCGACUCCAUGGUGCCCUCUAGAGGACCCAAGCGAGAAAGAGGACUGUUCGUAAAAACUGAACGAGCUCACAGCGACGUUUUCGUGAACUGCCUUUGUGAAAACUGGAUGCAACAUCAUUUAUGCUUCAUCUCAGACUGCUGUGAUUGUCAGUAGUUGUGAUUGUUCAGAUGUUUCUGACUGUUGUGAAUGGUGAAUGUGGCGAAUGAUGUGAAUGUUAUGUGUCAGAAUUCAUCAGAGCUUCUGAGAGUAUAUCACACAGCUCAGCUCCAUGCAGUUCUUAACAGUGUGGGUUAAAAUAUAGCAACUUUUUGUGUAUUAUGAAGCUGCAGGCUGUUUACUGCAAAAGUCCAGAAAACAGAACUGAUAAGCAAACACUUCUCUGAAGAACAUGAACCUGUUAAACUCUCAUUACUGUGUGUAGGUGAGUUGAGUUGUGCUAGGUUAUUUGUUGUGAUUUUGGCGUUUUGAAAGCAAGAUGGGUUGAUGUUACAGUGCGCUUGCUUUAUGACUGCAUGUGUGAGGGUAACCAUUGUGGCUGGAGAUGGAAUAGUAUGAAAAUUUCAUAUCAGUGACCAAAAUGAUCAGCAUUUCUGUUAAAAUAUGAUGUUUAAAAAGCUGUUUCACCACAGCUAUUAUACUGCAACUCUUUAUUUAACCUCUUAUAUUACUUUAUGACACCCAAAAAAAUAAUUACAAAAAAUAAAAUAUCAGUUCUUGCAUGUUCACAAACUAGCAAAGUUACCAAAAAAAAAGUUGCGUAUUGUGCUUGUGUUGAUUUGCAGACAAAGUGUUGCAGCGCGCUGUUUACUUCUGACAUCACUUUUGUAAAGACAGUUAUAAAAAAAUUACCAUUUCAGACCACAUGAUUAUCAGCGGAUUUCAUACCCUAAUAUAUCAUUAACACCAGAAUCUGCUCAUCUGUACUUAUGGAAUGACCCCUGUGUGGACGUACGAGGGUCACUGUUACAGAAUGACUGCGUUCGGAUUCUGUGUAAGGGUAAAUUUUACAGUAUGAUGGCAUUAUGAUUGCUGUAUGAGGGUCGCUGUUACAAAAUGACCACUGUGUGACUGUAUAUACUGGUCUCUGUUACAGAAUGACUGCUUUAUGACUGUAGAUAAGGGUCUCUGUUAUAGUUUGCAUUAUGACUGCUGUAUGAAGGUCUCGGUUAAACAAUGACUGCAUUAGGGUUAUGUAUAAGGAUGUUACAGUAUGACUACAUUAUAUUAUGUAUUAUGAGUCACUGUUACAGAAUGUUUGUUUUAUGACUGUAUAUAUGUAGCGUUGUAUGUAUAAGCGUCACUGUUACAGUAUGGCUCCAUUGGGAUUAUGUAAAAAGAGUCACUGUUACAGGAUGACUGCUUUAUGAUUGUAUAUAAGGGUCUCUUUUAUGGUAUGACUGCAUUAUAGUUAUGCAUAAGGGUCACUGUUACAGAAUGACUGCUUUAUGACUGUGUAUAAGAGUCCCUGUUACAGUAUGACUGCAUUAUGACCACUGUAUGAGUUUCAGUUCUGGUUUUACGGCUGUAACUCUUUCUGUUUGAGUCUUAUGACAAAGUUGAAGGAGCUGGACAAACAGAUCGUACUGAAUGAAUGUAGAUAGGCAAAGUCUACAAUCUGACGGUCACACAGACUUGCUGACCAGAGAAGCAGAAACACCAGAAUGUGUUCAUUCAGAACUUUAAUUAUAUCGUCUCUGCUACUGAGCGAAAGAUUGACAUAAUCAGAAAUAUUAAUGCGUUGUGUGAUUGUGUUUGAAAGUCCAGCUCAUGCUCGCUGAACAUUGCCACGCUGACCGGCGAAUGUUUUAUUUGUUCAGCCGUGAUUGUAAGAUUAGCUUAACUCCAGCUUUAGCCACAGACUCGUUUCACCUGAACCGUCUAAUAAACUCACUCUUUCAUUGUGUUCUCUAGAGAUGUUAAGGUUCUCCUGUGUUCGGUAGAUAAUCGUCUAGCAGAACGUGGCGACAGAAUGAAGUCGUUGUUCGGCGUAAAAUGAACAUUUCUUGCACUCUGAUAAAAGCAUCACUGGGUAGCAGUUUAUUACUGAAUACGUGGCUGUUUGUUCGGGUCGAGUGUUGUGGAGGGUGUAGCGUGUGUGUUUAAAAUGCAAAUAAGAGUUAUUUUGUGAAAUUUGCAUGUUCCAUAAUUCAGACUCACCAAAUGUGCUUUUAUCUGUUUGAGUUACAGCAACAUUUCUACUCAAUAAACAUAUUAAUCCCUUAUUAUUAAACACUGAAAACAACAACUGAAGAAACAAUUGUACAUUUUCAGCAGGAUUUGUUUAUUAAUGUAUUUAUUUAUUUAUUUGCUUUUUUGUUUGUUCAUACUUUAUGCACUGCAGGUUCUGAAUUAAACAGUUUUGUUUGUUUGUUUGUUUUUAUCAGCUGCUGCACUUAAUGUGAAUUUGUUUACUUCCUGAAUGAUGAACCUCCUCCUUCCUGUGAGGGGGCGUGUCUCUGCUGUUCGACUGUAACGUCAUUGGCUGUUGCCUUCCUCAAAAUGUAAACUGAUUGCAGGAGGAGUUUGAGUGAUUCUGCUGAUAUUUUGUGAUAUUUUGCAUUUUUAAUGUUAUUUAGCAUUUUUUUUGAGAAUAAUCGCUGCAAGCUGAACAGUUUUGUCAUUUUAUUUACCAUUUAAACUAUGUGAUUUUUCAUCACAUUUAUAAUAAAUCAGUUUCAGUCAUGUGCUGAAUAUGAA